CACCACCAAAAAGGCAUCAAUCACCCAUCACCCAUCAGACCACAGUCCAAAAUGCCCCGUGAAGAGUACCAAGUCCCCACCGCCAGUGCCGGCCAGCGCGGCGGUACCCGCGAAGGCCACGAAGUCCGUCACGUCAUGUCUUAUAUCUGCGGCGACUGCGGCGGCAGCGUCACCCUCGGAAAGGAUGCCACCGUCGCCUGCCCUCACUGCGCAGGCCGUGUUCUCUACAAGGAACGCACCAAGCGAAUGGUUCAGUUCGAGGCCCGAUAGACAUACCGACGAUCUUUUAUAUACCAAAGAAAAAGCUUGCAAAGAAUAAAGACGAGAGGUGUUGUGGCAACUUUGAUAUUUCGAGAUGGGAGUUUAGGGGUCUGGGAAUUACGUCGAAUGAAAGAAUAGACAAUGCGACACGAUUUGCGCACGACGAGACA